UUGCUCGAGUGACGUGUUCAGCGUAGCAUCGGACAGGACCGGUAGCUUCUUUCCAAAACAAGAAUUACGUCGCUUUACCGUGAAGCAGAUGCGUUAGUCUUCCUCCUACCUCAUGCACUGUCGCGUGCUCUAGCAUGACCAUGCCCUCCACGUCAGCACAUCACGUGUCGACCGCAGCAUCGCGUGGCACGUCAUUCGUGUUGGAUGGCGUCUCGCAGGGAUCGCCAGUACAAGAAGCCGGCGCGGUAGAGGGGCAGAUAAAUAGCGCAGGAGAGUGUAUGAACCAGGAGGACGGAGGUCGCAAUAACGGAGCCUUUUCUAACGGGAAUGCCGAUUUUCUUGUCGACAACUCUCGUCCUGAAUACAAGGAGCAGGGUGGUAUCCAGGGCGGGGUUGAUGAUGGAAUGAAUGGCCCUUUUAAGGACAUCGCAACCGUCGAUGGUGAGACGACAGGUCGAAUCAACGGUGAUGGAAGAAGGCUCAGUGAUAUGGCUGGGCCUGAAAUAGGUGGUAUGGAUGGAGGGUUAUUUGACCAUGCUAAGAUAGGGUUACCUAACCAUGUUACAUUAGGGUUACCUGACACUGUGGACAUGGGGUUGUCUGACCAUGCCCUUGAAGGGAUAUCUGCCGCUAUGGGUGCUGCAGGUGCCAUGGGUGCUGCAGACGCCAUGGGUGCUGCAGAUGCCAUGGGUACUGCAGAUGCCAUGGGUGCUGCAGAUGCCAUGGGUGCUGCAGACGCCAUGGGUGCAGACGCUAUGGGUGCAGCAGACGCUGGUAGCGCUGCAGGGAGGGCGGGGAGGGAGAACGAUGGUGAGAGCGAGAAGGGGAGUCAGAGCGAGCGGGAAAGUGAGAGUAGUGAAAGUGAGAGUGAGGAGGGAGAUGAGGAGGACGAGGAAAAGGAGGAGCAACACAUGCAUGGGUAUGGGGUGGGUUCGGAAAAUGAUGUGAGCGGUACAGGCAUGGGGGUGGAUGGUGGCAUGGGGGUGGAUGGUGGUGUGGGGGUGGAUGGUGGUGUGGGGAUGGAUGGCUGUUUAGGAAUAGAUGACUAUAAUGAGGGUGCUGCAAUGCGUGUCGAUGCCGAUGCUGCUGAUGUUGCUGAUGCUGCUGCUGCUGCCGAUGCUGCUGCAAUGAGUGUCGAUGCCGUUGAGACUGCGGGUGAUGCCACCAACACGCCUGCUGCUGCUGCUGCUGCUGCUGCUGCUGCUGCUACUGCCGCUGAUGCGGCUGAUGCUCGCCCCGCUGCUGUCACUGCCGCCAGCAGUGCCAUCCCCACUGAUGAUGGCAGUGCUGCUCCUCUUGCUGUUGGCACCACAACGGCACACCUUCCUGCUGCAGCAGCUACAGCCCAUGCUGCUACUGCUGCUCCCACGGGCCCUCAUCUAGCUCCUACUGGCACCAACGGCCCCCCUGCUGCCGCUACCACAGCUGCUUCCAAUACAGCAGGUGCUGCUGCUGGUAACACGGUAGCUGCUGCUGCUGGUGGUCCAAGUUCGGCAGGCAGGAGUGCGUCAGCAGCACCGCGGCAGAUGGAGGUGGUGUGCUUGAGCGACGAUGACGAUGAUGAAGAUGAUGAUGAUGAUGAUGAUGACGACAGUGAUAAGGAAUUCGCAGAGCAGCAGCUGCAGCACCUUUUGUGGCAGCAGCAGCAUCGGCAGCAGCAGCAGCAGCAGCAGCAGCAGCAGCAAGGGCGGCAGCAGCAGGACCAGGUGGGUGGCGGCAGGAGGAACGCCAACGAGAAGAACCGCAACACGAGCAGCAGCAGGGGGGGGUAUACUGGUAACAGAGCAGGCAGUAACGAGGACGAGGAUGUGGUGGAGCUGAGCGGGCAGGAGGUGCAGCAGGCCAUGCUGCAGGCGAGGCUCAGGAAUGCGCAGCGCCAGAUGAUGAGGAGCAUGGGGGGCGGCAUGCCGGGCGGCACGAUGGGAGGCGCGGUGGGCGGCGCAGUGACCGGCAUGGCCGAGGGGAUGACAGGAGGAAUGGGAAGCGGCGUAGGGGUAGGUUUAGGGUCAGGGACGGGCGCUGGCAGUGGGAGGCGGGAGGCAAGGGAGCGGAGAGGUGCGGAGAGGGAAGGGACGGCUGCAGAGGGAACUGAGGGGGGAGAGGGGGAGGCGGGGAGUCAGGGGAGUGAGAGGAGUGUGGUUAGUGUGGUGAGUGAGGGGAGUGGGGAUGAGUUGGAUGAUGAGGUGAGUCAGGAGUGGAGGCAGCUGGGGAAGUGGAAGGCGGCCUAUGAGCCGCCGCAGCAGAAGGCCCAGCAGCAGCAGCAGCAGCAGGCUUGGCGUUGGCAGCAGCAGCAGCAGCAGCUGCAGGAGGCGAGGGAGCAGCUGCAGCUAGAGCAGGAGGUGCGAGGGAGGUUCGGAGAGAGAGUAAUGAUUCGAGACGAGGACGGCGACGAAGAGGACGAGGAUGAGGAGGAAGUGAGAAGGGGGAGAGAAAGAGAGGCGAGGCGAGAGCAUGUGGAGGCGAGGAGGAGGAGCGCGGCCCAUGUGCUGAAGCACUUCAGAAGUAUCCGCGAGCAGGGGCUGGUGCAGCGGCUGCCACAACCGCCUCAUGUAGCACAGCAAGCACACACACCACAUGCAGCGCAUGUGCUACCGGAGGUGGUAUCGCUUCCGGCAUAUAGGCAGCUGCCAGCAAGCAUCAGAGGCUCGAGCAGUGAGGGGCAUGGGGCCCACACGGACGGGAGCAGGGAAGGGGAGCAAGCAGCCAAGAGGAUGCGAGUAGAUGCGGGAACCGCACAGAACCACAUCCCACCUGGUCACAACUAUCCCCCGCUUGCAUCUUCGUCCUCCCAUCUUCCUCCUCCUCAUCUCUCCCACCACCACCAUCACAGUCACCACUACAACGAUUCCCACCUGCACCAGCACCCCCAUCAACCCGCACCCCCAGACCCAUUCAGGCCCCCCUCGGACCCAUCCAGGCCCCCCUCCGACCACCAAGCCGCCAUGCGCCAGAUCCUGGAAGGCCUCUCCAUCUCGGGUACAGCAGAAGAGGCGGAGAUCCCGGCUGGGGCGCUGACGGUGGCGCUGCUGGCGCACCAGCGCAUGGCCGUGGCGUGGAUGCGGCGGCGCGAGGCGGCGCUCCCUGCAGGGGGCAUCCUGGCGGACGACCAGGGGCUCGGGAAGACGCUCACUACAAUCUCUCUUAUCGUGCUGGGGGUGUGGGAGCAGAGGGAGAAGGAGAGGAAGGAGAGGGAGAAGGGCAAGGGGUUUUGUGAGGAAGAGGGGCGGAUGCUGCUGCUGACCGAUGCUGGUACAGAUGGCGCUGGUGCAAGUGCUGCUGCUGGUGUUGGUAAUGCUGCUGCAGCAGCAGCAGGAGGAGGAGGAAUGGGGAAGGGCAACAAGACGGAAGUGGUUGAUUUGGAGGAUGAGGAGGAGGAGAGGGAGAGGGUGAGGGGGAGAAGAGGCGAGAAGAAACGGCAGCAAGCGGCGUCAAUACCACUGGGAGUAGGCAACAGCAGCAGAGGCAUGCCUGCAGCCCCUGGGGUGUCAGCCGCAGCCACGUCAGCGGCUGCCGCGUCAGCAGCUGCAGCAUCGGCUGCUGCCACGUCAGCAGCGGGCAGCGCGGGUGGUGGCGGCAGGGGCAGGCGGGUGAGCGGCGGCACGCUGGUGGUGUGUCCGACCAGCAUUCUGCGGCAGUGGGAGCGAGAGAUCAGGGAGAGGGUGGGCGAUUUGGGGGAGGGAGGCAGGGGUUGGGGAACUGACGAAGGUGUGGAGAGAGGAGGAGGCGGGGUAGGAGGAGGGGGAGGAGGAGGGGGAGGAGGAGGGGGAGGAGGAGGGGGAAGAAGGGGGCUGUCAGUGCUGGUGUACCACGGGUCGGGGCGCACGAGGAGUGCAGCGGAGGUGGCGUCGUACGACGUGGUGCUGACCACGUAUGCCAUCGUUGGCAUGGACGUGGGCCGGGGAGGGGAGGGUGGCAAGGGCAAAGGGGAGAAGGGUCCGCUGGCUGGUGUGGCGUGGUUGAGAGUGGUGCUGGACGAGGCCCAGGCCAUCAAGAACAGGAACACGCAGGUGGCGAGGGCGUGCUGGGCUUUAAGGGCGAAGCGGCGGUGGUGCCUGUCGGGCACGCCGAUGCAGAAUGCGGUGGACGACGUGUACCCGUACCUGCGCUUCCUGCGCUUCGCCCCCUACGACGAGUACGCGCACUUCCGCACCACCAUCAAGGACCCCAUCACUCGCAACCCCUCGCAAGGCUUCAAGAGGCUGCAGGCCGUGCUGCUCGCCAUCAUGCUGCGCCGCACCAAAGCCACGCGCAUAAAGGGAGCGCCUAUAGUGAACCUGCCGCCGCGCCUAGUGGCGCUGCAGCGAGCCGAGUUCACCCCGGAGGAACGCUCCUUCUACCUCUCCCUCGAGGCGUCCUCCAAGCAGCAGUUCCAUGACUAUGCGGCAGCAGGGACGGUGCAGAGCAACUACAUGCACAUCCUCACCAUGCUGCUGCGUCUGCGCCAGGCCUGCAACCACCCCGCGCUCGCCAGAGGCAUCCCCAUUGCCCGAGACAGGCCCGAGGACGAGGGGAGUGGCUGCAGCAGGGGAGGAUGCGGGGGGCGAGGGAGGACCGGGGUAGGAGGAGGAGGAGGAGCGGGUGGGGGAAGUGGGAGACGGAGUGUGUUCGCGGGGUCGGUGGGGCGGUUGUCGGCGGGGAGGAGAGCGGAGUUGGUGCGGCACGUGGCAGGGGUGGGGGGCGAGGCGGUGUGUGAGCUCUGCGCGGACGCAGCGGAGGUGCCGGUGCUCUCGGCGUGCCUGCACACCUUCUGCGAGCAGUGCGCCCUGCAGCACCUGGCUCAGUCCGACGGCUCCCCGGUCUGCCCCUGCUGCUCCAAGGCCCUGUCAGCCUCCUCCCUCUACCUCUUCUCUGAGAUUGAAAGCGCCCAGGGGGAGGGGGGUCCGGUGGGGAUGGUGAUUGGAACAGGGUUUGGGUCGGGGAGGGGAAGGGAGGCCGGCACGUUAGCGGUGCCAUCAUCAUCAUCAGCAAUAGCAGCUGCUGCAGCAGGAGGAAGGGGAGGGCAGGAGGAGGAGGGCCCGGUGUUCUUCUCCCCGUCUCGCAUGUCCACCAAGACCCGUGCUGUGCUGGACUACCUCCUCGCCCUCCCUCUCAUGCCUGCUGCUUCUCCUCCUGCUCCUGCCGGCCGUGCUUCAGCUGCUUCUCAUCCCACCUCUUCCCCCGCCCCAUCUCUCCCUUCAUCCCUCCCCUCCUCCCUCCCCUCCUCCCUUCCCUCCUCUCUCCCUUCAUCACUCCCCUCCAUCCUUCCACCCAGUUCAAGUGCGUGCAACGUCCGCGGCCCUUCUCCUAUCGCCGGCGCUCCCACUUCUCAUCCUUCCACCUCCACCCCUCCCUCUGUGGCAAACGGGGGGAUGGCGAAGGACGAGGAGCAAAGGGGCCCGGGAGGUAGUGCCGGUGUAGGGGGUUUAGGAGAGAGCACCACUGGGUGUGAGGGUCUGAGAGACGGCGUUGGUGGUGUGGCCAUGCGUGGUGUGAGACAUGGCGCGGGCGCAAGGAAUGUACGAGAGAGUGCAAGCAUGGGAGGGGUGAAGGAGGAAGCAGGUGGUGCCAACAUCGGUGUGGGCAUGGGUGGUGUGAGGCACAGCGUGGUAAGAGAGAGUGUAGGCAUGCCUGAGGUGAAGGAGGAAUCACGUGAUGCUGGGUUGAUGCCACAGGGGGACGGGAACAACAGCGUUCAGCAACAGCAAUGGCAACAACAAGAGCAGCAGGAAGAGCAGCAGCAGCAGCCUCAACAGCCUCCUCAGCAGCAGUGGCCGGACUGGGCAGAGAUAGCUGCAAAUGCCGUGCUGGAGGAAGAGGCAGACGCAAUUGCAACGGCAGAUGCAGAGGCGAAAGUAAAGGCAAAAGUAGAGGAAGAGGCAGCAGCAGACGACACAAAGGAGAUGCCUUUAAGUGCAGCAGCAGCAGCAAGUAUGGUGAAACCGGAAUCGGUUGAUACUGAAGGGGUCAAAAUGGAAGUGAAUGAGCAUGGGAAUGCGCGGGCCGGAGGGGCGUGUUGUCCAUCAGGUGGGCUUGCAUCCGACCUACCACCUGAGUCAGCACCUGUUGCAUCUGUUUCCACACCUGGAGUUGCACCUGGUGCACGUAGCUCAGCACCUGAUGCUGCUGGCGGGGGGAGAUGCAAAGAGGAGACGAGGGAGGGAGGUGGUGCAAGGACUGGCGUGGGUAUGGAUUGGAUCAGAGGUGACCAGGAGGAGGCGGGGCAGGCUGGGGCUUGCCAUGUUUCACCUGGUGCGCUUGCAUCUGCUCUACGUACUGUGACAUCGAUACUGCAAAACGAGCCACCAGCUUCUCAUGCCUCUCAUGCUUCUCAUGCUUCUGGUGCUCCCCAUAUCCCAGAUUUGAAGCUGUCCUGCACUGACAGCAAGCCCAUUCUUCCUCCUCCACCACCGCCUCUGUACCCUCCCCCAGGCCCUGCCGUUGUUCCUGCACCCCCCGCUGCACCUGCACCCCCGGCUGCCCCUGCACCCCCUGCUGUGCCUUCUCCUGCUGCUGCCCUUCAACGCCCUCUUCUCGCCCUUCCCGCUCCUCCACCUCCUGCUGCUGCAUUGACUAACCCUGUGGAAAGCUCUGUGAUUCAAUGGACCAUGGUGCGGGAGAAGGCGAUCGUGUUCUCGCAGUGGACGCGCAUGCUGGACCUCCUGGAGAUGCACCUGGGCGCUGCUGGCAUCUCCUACGUGCGCCUCGAUGGCACCAUGUCCGUCGCUGCCAGGGACAAGGCCAUCGCUGCAUUCACCACUGACCCCGAGAUCACGGUGAUCCUCGUCUCUCUGAAGGCAGCCAGCCUGGGGCUGAACCUGAUAGCGGCGUGCCACGUGGUGCUGAUGGACCUGUGGUGGAACCCCGCCGUGGAAGAUCAGGCCAUCGACCGCGCCCACCGCAUCGGCCAGACACGCCCCGUGAGAGUGGCCCGGUUCACCGUGGCGGACACCAUUGAGGACCGCAUCCUGGAGCUGCAGGAGCGCAAGCGUAACAUGAUCGAGAGUGCAUAUGGCGAGUCAGCUACAAUGAUGAAUAAAUCACGGCUCACGACAGAGGACCUGAGGUUCCUUUUUCAAGUGUAAGUAGCCUACAAUGCAAGUAAUACUAAGAGGCAAUGAGAUCAAUGUGCUCUUCCAUCAUGGCUUUUUUACAUUCGCUGAGGGCCAUGGCUGUGAUUGUGAUAAGUGUACGGUUGACACCUAGAGCAAAGCCCUAGGUGAUUUGUCCCCGCAUUUUCACUUCUCCUUUGCCAACUUAAGUGGCCAAUGCAUGUGGUUCACCUUCUUAGAACUGAAUAAUGACUAGAAAGAGAGAGUACAGGGAAAUAUAGCCUAGAGUGUUGU